AUGAUGAUGGGUAAUUUUUGGCUUCGAGAAGCGUCAAUGUGUUUAGUACUAUUAACUCUUACUGGCGCUUUAUGGAAUCUUCCAUUCGUCAAAGGUGAAACAUGCAAUACACAUCUCAAUAGUAAGUAGUGUUAACUUCUUCUGAAUGUCCUGCUUAAAGAGCAUGUUUAUGCGAAUGUUUUCUUGUAUGUUUAUUAAACGUGGAGAAACUGUAAAAUGGCUAACAAACAAAUAGCUCUCAGUCAGAGGAUCCAGAGAAUGUAGGUAUCUUCAUCAAAAUGUUUAGCAUGUGUGGAUAAGAAAGGACGUAGAUAAACUCUUGACUGGUCCAGCGUUUAAAUGCACGACGUUUCACCUUCGGCCUUUUUCAGGUGGAGCAUAACAGUUCAAAAUUAACAUUAAAAAGCUGCAUUAAAACUCUUGAUCAGUCAAGAGUUUGUGAACUACACUUACUAAGUUUAUAAGAUGGAUUUAUUAAUGAUCUUUCUCAUCGUUGGAUAGGCUGUAAAGAGAUUGUAUAUUAUUGAUUUUGUUUUAUUAUCAUUCGAUCUCUCCAACUCAGUCAGACCCGUUGUGGACACAUCUUCAAAUCCAGAAAACAACCGAUUACCCAUUGGUGUCUCUAUUACCCUGACUUGUACAGCAGAGCCCAGAACAAUAGAUAGAGGAUAUCGCGAUAGGUGGGUCAGUUAUAUCGAGUGGUACGAUCCACAGAAUAAGGAAACUGGAGCUAAGUGCCUGCAGCCUUCAAACAGACGUGCACACAAACUUAAAUUAAGCUGUCCAUUAGUGCUCAAAAAUCUGACAGUUGAUAAAUUUGGCCGCUACACCUGCCAAGCUGGCAAUGGUUACAGAAACUACUGCACAAGGAAAUCAUUUGAAAUAGUUAUUCAAGGUAAGCAAACCAGGCUAGUCAUAUCUUUAAUUAAAAAUUAUUCGACUAGUGCGUGUUGGAUAUGCGAUGAUAGACGGCCAACGCGGCCCAUAGGGCCUAGUUGGCCGUCUAUCAUCGCAUAUCCAAAAAGUGCGAGUGGAACAAUUAUUAAAUCCAAAAACGGCCCGGAACAUAUAUAAAUCAAUCUUCCCAACUAUAUUUUGCUAGAACAAACUGAAUGUUACGAUGUACGAAAACGCUUCCGGUGUAACUGUCUUUAUGCACGCAUAUGGUAUAAUGACCCGUAACCCAUAAUGGGUAAGCCAAUGAAAACUCUUGAAUUGCAUUAUCCAAUUACCCAGUUUUUGAUAAAUGAAAAUAUACAUCAUAUGUUAUUUAAUGCGGAGAUGGAUGCCGAAGAUGUUUAAUUUAGGAAUAAAGAGCCUCAAAUAAUGAGCUUCUAAGAAACUCCUGAAAUGUAUGGACAGGCAACUCAUGAUCGAUACAUGCAAACGGAAAAUUCCGCCAUGUGGCCAUUGGCUAACAAGACUCGAAAUGCAGUGUUCAAAGAACGAGAUUAUUCUCGGAGAUAACGAUUAAAUUUGAAUCAGGAGCAAUUCGAUUGACCUGUCCUGAUACAUAUCUUACUUGGUACAAUCGAACCUGUAUUAAGCGGCCCCUCAAUUGGAAUGGUGGUGUGACCGCUUAAUACAAGGGGUAUUAUUAAAAAAAAAACAAACAAACAGAAAAAACAGGCGGAAGGCAAUUCAAAGAGGACGUUGGGACUUAGUAAAGGUCGACUGAGACCGCUAAGUAGAGGUAACCGCUUACUACAGAUAAAAAUUACAGUGAUUAGGGGGAGACAAAUUUAGGACUUUGACAACUGACAAACAGUAAUGCAACCGACUGCUUAAUACAGGGGUGAUCGCUGAAUACGGUGCCGGCGAUGCUGAAGCAAAAAAAAAACAUAUUCUUCGGAAGAUGAGAAACAAAAUAAACAAACAGCAAAAAAUUUUGUGAAACAAAAUAAACGAAUGAUAAUUAUUAGAAUUGAAAAACAAGAGGAGGCUUACACUCCGGCCAAGGAGGGUUGGCCUGAAACAGUUCUUUCUCAGCACCUGUAUCAGAGUAUCAAGAGCUAGAAAAGAAGCAAUGUUUUCUAUAAAUGUUUUAUACAAAAUUUUGAAGUUGUCAUUUUCAGUUUCACCUGGUCCCCGUACCUCCUCAGUCUUCUUAUCUUCAAGACCCCCUUAGAGUUUAAUUCUCUUCAAACCGGGUCUUUCGAGCGGCAAAGAAGCCUUGGGCCCCAACAUCCAAAGAAAGAUCACAAAUGAGACAACUCAUAACGUCCCAUUCAUUUAUAUUAAUUCUUUUUGUUUCAAUUUGCUAGAUGCCCAGAAACCUGAGAUCGUUGAAGGUCCAAAGAACCAAAGUGUCCUGAUCGGUUCCAAUGCUUCCUUAAGCUGCACCGCUAGGGGUCUCCCAAGGCCAACAAUCCACUGGAUAAAGGACAAUGCUUCAUAUCCUUUACAGUCUAACCCCAGAGCACGUGUCAUUCCGGACGGUCGAGCGAAUCGCAGCCAGCUUUUAAUAACGAGAGUAGAGAUGGAAGACUAUGGAAAAUAUCAAUGCAUUGCUAAUAGCAGCAUUGGAAGAAGUCAAUCAGGAGUGGCUGUCUUAAAAAAAGGUGAGAUAUUUUUCAUAAAUGGAAAGGAAAAAAAAACAGGGUAAGAGGGGUCCUUCAUAAUUACAAGCGCUGUACUGUUUGUUACUACAUUUUUUUUAUCAUUUAUCCAUAGUAACUCCUACUCCCACCCCCGUGAACAGAAAGCCAGAAAAUUCAGCAUCUCAGACAACUAUAGUCGCUGUAUCAUGCACUUUGGUAGCUGCAGUUAUUUGUGUAGUCACUGGGAUUGUGUGGAAUCGGCGUAAAAAUCGUGAUAAGGAGGUAAAUAAUAUGUUGUUACGUGAUAUCCCCACACAAGGUAAUGAUCUCCUCUGUCCGUCAUACGACUUUGCUUGUGCUGAUGUCCGGAGGAAUGCCGGGAUUGACCAGCCAAGAAACAUGCAGUUUCCUCAGGGGGUAAGAUGCAGAGUCGAAAGAAACUUCCCAAAUUUAACUUAUUAUUAUUAUUAUUAUUAUUAUUAUUAUUAUUACAAACUCUUUUCCCUUUCAUGAUGAUUUUCGUCAGUUUGGUCUUAUUUUUCUGUCCCUACUUCGUGUACUCCAAAUUAUCCUUUCCUCCACUUUGGGUCUGUAAAUAUUUCAUGCAUAAACAAGCAAGGGCCUGCACGACCCAUAUUCACGGGGUUUAUGAAGCAGUUAAAUCUGAAAAAAUGUUCUCAUACCUUUCAUACCUUAAAAUUAUCGCAUUUGAGGAUUAUGGUUGUGAAAGAUGGUGCGUCUAUUUCAGCUAAACUGGUUUCCUUCCUUAUCAAACAAACGCUAUUUAAAUCACAUUUGACUAGUAAAUCAAAGCGCGAGAGAUUUCAGUUCGUCGAGUUUAAAUGCAGGAUUAUGAAAGGAUCUCAAAUAAAUGAUGAUAAAAGCUAAACACGCUUAUUGGAUAGAUAUCACAAAUGCCUAUUCUCUUCAAUUAUAUAACAGGGACGAAAACGUGCAACAAAGUUGUAUCUGAAAGAAGGCCAAAAGUUGAAAAAUGGGGUACAGAACCUUGAAAACAAUCGGUCGCCCAAUAGCCAAACCAUCGAAAUCCCCGCGGAAAGGCUCCCGUUAAUGGGGGAUGGAGUUGGAGACAGACUGCCUCCAGACGGAAGCGAGUGGGAUGAUUUGGUGCAAGGAAUGAAAGAAAGAAGUCAAGAGAGAUUAGAGUCGAGUGAGGGGAUUGCUGGUGGUGACAUUUCCACAACUGAUAAACACCUGGGUGUCGACGAACAGCGGGAUUGUGGAGAGAUAUCUCAAGAGACCGAGGAAGGUUCCGUGAACUUGGAAAAUCUUGAAGUGUUCGAUGAAAUACUCGGAGAAGGCGAAUUUGGAAUCGUCUAUAAAGGUUGCUAUAGUGGGAAAGACGGAAACAUAACAGACGUAGCUGUGAAGAAGCUAAAAGGUAGGUACACGAAUCGAGAUGUCUACCUGUUAUAUCUUAAGUACAGUGGUGACCUCUAAACGGAUUUUUCUUUCUUGAAGCUAUGCACCAUCUUAAUUUUUUAUCAUUUUACUUUUCUUGGAAAAAACCCAUAAAGUCUGCUAUUGUCUCCUCUGAAUGCUUUCUUUAGCCUUAACCAAGCCAGUUUUUCUCCAUACAUAAUUUUGUUAUUAUAGCCAGAUGGAAUGAGCGAACUACGUAAAAUGAAGAAAUAUAAGAAAUUCCCUUGUUUUUCUUUCUCUAUGUCAUUGUAGACCCUAGUGCCAUUGCCAAAGAAACCCUGCUUAAUGAGAUAAGGACCUUAAAGCAAGCUGGGAAACAUCCUAAUAUUGUCACUUUGAUUGGCACGCGGAUAGAAGGAGGUAAGUCAGUUUUCGAAGAUACAACGUAUUAGAAAUAUGCAUGUUUACUUGGUGAUUGAUAUAAACAAGGUAAUGUUUCAGCCGUGUGUAAGUUCAGUUAGAACAGUGCAUGUACUGACCUUAUGAUUAAAGAAAGAUAAGAACAUAUUUUUGUGGGCUAAAUUCAGGGAAGUUAAUGCGGAUUUUUUUUCCUGUUUUUUUGGGCACCAGCUAAACUUAAAUUACCAACGAAUCAUCUUUUGAUCAACCCAAGGUGCCAGUUAUGUCCAAUUUCGUUCUCUCGUCAACUCUUUUGUGUUUGCUCUAUUCUCUCAAGGAAACGUUCUUGUGGUCACUGAAUUAAUUCAUGGUGGCAGUCUGGAAAAUCUUUUGAGGGCGCCAGGGGAAAGGAACAAUUAUCAUAACGUCUGCUGUAAGCUGAAUGACCGGCAACUGGUCACAGUUGCAUUUCAGAUCGCCAUGGGAAUGCAGCACUUAGAGGAGAGAAAGGUAAGACUCGCUGGCAGUGUGUAGAAAUAAAUGUAAAAUUAAAAUUUGCCAACUUUCCAUUAGAGAUAAAUUCUCUCAAGAAAUUACAAAAAGUUUAUAAUCUCUUGCUGCACUAAAGUGGCUUAAGGACGCAUUCAGGACCUUUUACAUUUUGCUAUAGGCCACCCAAUCAUUCGUGAGGCUCUGUUAAGCAAAGUAUUCAUAACGCGGGCAAUCCCAGUUUGUAAAUUGGCUUCAGGAGCCAUUGAGGAUCUUUCGCACUUUCGUAUGGCCACUCAAUCAUUGAGCAUCUCUAAGCAAAAAAAUUAUACAUUGUCUUCUCUCACAGUUUGUCCAUCGCGACCUAGCAGCAAGGAAUAUUUUAGUUGAUGCCAACUUAGUGGCUAAAGUUGGAGACUUUGGAUUAGCCAGGGACAUAUCCGCUGCUGGUAUAUACACCAUAACCUCCAGCGUAAGUACGCUGUGCAAUCAAUAUUAACGACUAAACAGAAAAAUCAAACAAGCCAAAAUGCAUUUAAAUUGAUGCUCUUCCUUGGUACAAUCGAGCAGAAGAAAUUAAUUUCUUCUAAUGAUAUAAUUUACAAUGAAACUCUCAACGAGCUGUGUAUUAUGUGACACGUUUACUUAACUUGACACAACAAUUACAAUUUCUUCGAAUGUGAUUGAUAGAUUAGGCGCUUUAUGUUUCACAAAUUUUUCCGUUGAUUGUAAUCGGACAGUUGGAUGUAAUCGGACACCUGUAAUCGGACAGUUACAGCAGCCAAUUCUACCAUACUCACUCAGCUAAAUCUACCAAACGCAGAAUAGAUUAUUUUAUCUAUAGCGACAACCACUUACCCAACCAAACAGAGGAGUUUCGUGACAAAACAAAUCGGACUCCUGUUAGUUUCUGAACUUAUGAUAAUAUUAACAACAACAAUAGCAACGGCCACGGUAACUAUUACUCUGGAUUUUACUAAAAAUUAAAAAUAGUUACAAAUUAUCAUAUAUCUUGACGUAGGAAAAGAACGCGCUUACUAUCAAUAAAUGCACCCUUCCGUUUCAUAAGUCAACCGCUUUCCAGUUUCAAAGGGCAUUGCCUGCACUACAAACAGAUGCUUUCUCACAUUAAUCUAUCUUUUCAACAGGGCAAGGUUCCGUGGAGAUGGUCGUCGUUAGAAUCUCUACGAGAUCUGCAUUUUACACCCAUGAGUGACGUGUAAGUUUCACUUUGUAUAUUUAAUACUGUCAAAUUUCUGUCUCUUGACUAUAAAGUCGGGCGUAUUGCCUAGUUGAAAGGAUUUCCAAAAAAAAAAAAAACAUCUGCCUCGCGCUCUGGUAUAUCCCUUGGAGCAUUAUUAUAGUUGCAUCUGGGCUUCCUUUUACGUUGUUUGUUCGUCUUCAUGUACAUGUACAUGCAUGGUGUAUCUAUACCUAUUUGCAUUUAUGGACACACCAUGGGAACUUAGUGUGACUUAAUGAAUUCCUUCCUUCCAAUCGAGCAUCAUAUGCACAUUUUACCUGAAAUUAAUACCAGAGGCAAGGUCUUUCUUGACUGUCAUCUAAGGCAGUAAACCCCUCUACCGUCUCAGGCUUCUGCCAUUUCUUCAACAAGUUAACAUGGUACACUUUCUUCUCUCUACGCCUUCCUGGAGUCUGUACCUCGUAAUCAACUUCAGAUACUCUUCUCAUCACUUUAUACGGGCCAUUCCAUUCAAGUUGCAACUUACUUCUCCUUGCUGGUUCAAGUAUUGGCACUUCAUUUCCCACUUUGAGGUCUUGUGGUUUGAACUUCUUGUCAUAAUAAUUUUUCUGCCUCUUCAGCGCUUUGGUCACAUUUUCAUUGACUAGUUCUGACAUUUCCUCUAGACAUCUUCUCAUCUCCAAAACAUGGAUGUUAACGUUCUCUUUCUCACCUUCGUAACCAACCCAGGCCUCUUUUAGGAUAUCAAGGGGUUCACGUACUCUCCUACCAUAGAGGAGCUCAAAAGGAGAAAACCCGGUCGACUCUUGAGGGACUUCUCUGUAUGCAAAGAGUAGGUGAGGAAGGUGCUCAUCCCAGUCCUUCUGAUUAUUUGCUGUGAAUUUUCUGAUCAUCGACUUAAGUGUUCCGUUAAAUCGCUCCGUUAGGCCAUCGGUCUGUGGGUGAUACGGGGAGGUCCUCAAACGACUAAUGUUCAACAUGAGGUACAUUUCUUGCAACAGACUCGCCAUAAAGUUUGACCCUUGGUCUGUGAGGAUCUCGUCAGGAAUCCCAAACCUUGCAAACACUGACACUAGCUCUUUGGCGAUUGUAGUAGCUUCCGUGUUAGGUAUGGGUAUAGCCUUUAGAUAAAGCGUCGCAUAAUCGCAAAUUGUAAGAAUAUAUUUGUUGCCAUUGUUGCUCCUCGGGAGUGGUCUAAUAAUAUCCAUAGCUAUUCUCUGGAAAGGUUUCUUAAUCAAUGGCAGAGGGAUCAUCUCAGCUCGUGCUCCAUAUCUCUUUCCUUGCGCCCUCUGGCAAACCUCACACGUACGGCAAUGAUUGGCAACAUCCCGGAACACACCAGGCCAGUAAUAGCGCUGUAAUACUCUGUCCUUGGUUUUGUUGAUUCCAAGAUGACCAGCUGAGGGUAUAUCGUGUGCAAGCAUGAGAACUGUGCCGCGGCACUGCAGGGGAAGUACCAACUGUUCCACAGAUCGAAUAUCUUCACUGUCGCUCCCUUUUGGUACCCACUGCCGAUAUAACAAGCCUUGCCUGUAAAAGAAAGUUGUUUCUGAUCUUGUUUCCUCCUGCUGCUUAGGUUUUCUUGCUAAGGCUCUCGCUUUCUCUAAAGUUGAGAUUUCUGACUGCCACUUCUGAAUUAUCUCAGGACCUGCAUCCUCAGGAUUAAUACUAUCUGAUGCGGCGGUUUUGGUUUUGGGUUCCUCUUCCUCAGGUUUCCUAAUCUCAUCUUGUAUGUUUCCCGGUUCCCUGAUUUGUUCUGUAAAAUCACUCUCAGCUUCCUUUUUGUCAGCAAGUCUUAUUUUCUCAGCAGCUUCCGCUUUGCUCUGCUCUUCAGCCUCUUUUCUUGUCUGUGAUCUUGUCAUAACGGCAAGAUUGUGUGUACACUUUGAUUGGCUUGCGAUUUCUUAUCACGAGUCAAAGUCCUUUAUCCCUAUUAAAACAUCAACUGGUACUCCUGGCACAAGAGCUACCUUAGCCUUCUUUAUCCGACCACCCAUCUCCAAAUCCACUUCUGCUGUUGGAUAAUCCACUGAAUCUCCAUGAACACAAACAACGUUGAUAGUCUCUCCUUCAUUCCAUUUUUCGUUCUCCACAAGAUCAGCUUUCACGAUAGUUGUGUAGCUACCAGUAUCAACAAGCAUCUUUACACUUUUUCCCUCGAUUUUGCCUUCAAGCAUGCACUUGCUGUUACUUGGGUUGCAUACUCGCUCACGACAUGAUUCACUGACAAAAGCAGGCUUGGCAUCUGCUUUAAAAUUUGGCGUGGUUGUUCUUUGAGGGCAAACUAUUGCAAUGUGUCCCCUUUCUUGCAAUUGUAACACUGUUAAGAAUAUAUGAAAGUUAUAUAUUUGAACUGCGGAUAAAGACGUGAAUGAAAGUGAUCCUCGCAGUAAUGUGCACUACUUAGGCAGUAGUGAAAAUAAGGCCUCAAAAAAAUUCAGGCCUGUACGAGAUUUGAACCAAAUCCCGUACGGGCCUGAUUUUUUUCAGGCCUUAUUUUCACUACUGCCUGAGUAGUGCACAUUUCUGCGAGGAACACUUUCAUUCACAAUUGUAACACUGUUUCUCACCUUAAGUAUUUCUUUUGCUUCGAGGCGGUAUGUUGCGUACUUCUGAAGGAGGAGCUCUGAAAAAAGGCCUUGAUGAUUGCUAUUUUUCCUGUAUCACUUUUACGGCAGGUUCACCUUGUAGUCGUUGGGGUGUGCUUAACUUCUCAUAAGAAGGCUUAGUUCCACGGGCUAGAACGUAGUCAUCAGCCAUUUGUGCGGCUUCUUUAGCUGACUUAGGCUUUCUUUUUUUAAGCCAAACUGAUAGAUCAGUCGACACUCCUUGAAGAAAUUGUUCCAAAAUUAUCAAGUCUCUGAGUUCCAUCUCUUGCGACUUUGUCCAGCGCUGGAAGUGUUCUUCCCAACGAUUGAAGUAUUCAUGAUGUGACUCGCCUGGCUUGUAAGAAUCAUUUCGAAAUCUCAGACGAUACGUUUCAGAGUUCACGUUGUAUCGUUGCAAGAUGGCAUGUUUUACUUCGUCAUAUUUCGUAGACUUUUCAGUGGGAAGGGAUGAAAAAGCUUUCAGGGCUUUUCAGAUAAUACACCAGUUAACUGUGUUGCCCAAAUAGUUUUCGGCCAUUUGUGGAGGGUGGCCACUCUCUCAAACAAAUGUAAAAGCUUUCGAUGUCUUCCCCUUCUGUGAACUUUUGAAAUACUGGUUUUGGUAGCUUCACAGUGUCCUUUUCCUUUUUGGAAUCUGCUAACUCUUUCAUCAGUUCUAGCAGGAACCUCUGCUCUUUCUUUCUUUCCAUUUUUUCCAUUUCUCGUUUUUCUUGCCUUCUUAAUUCUUUUUCUUUCGCUAUUCGAUCCUCCUUUUCUCUUUCUAGCCAUGGCAUCUGCAUUUCUUGCCUCUGAAUAAGCAUCUUCAUAAUUUGAACGUUUACUUCCGGCUGAGAUGUAUUUUCCGGUUAAGAAAUCACCACUGUAUCACCAGUUUUCAGCUCCAUAAACUCACUCAAAAGAUCAAUCAACCCUGCUUUGUUUUUACUACCGAAGUCAAUGUUUCUCUCCACGCACAUUUCCUUCAACCUAUCAAAGGUAAGAGGUAAGUGUAUUCAACUCCUCCGUCUGGUUUCGUAUUCCAUAGCUUCGAAAUCCACUGCUUCUAUUCUUAUGUGAGUCCUUGCUUAUUGACCUAAAACCUCGGCAAGGUUAUCCCACCGUUGCCACCAAAUCUGUCAUGAAGCCAGAAGAAGAUUCUUGUUUUCCUUUUAAACACUUUAUUAUUUAUCUUUAACUUCUGAAAACCUUACCAUCUCGAACCUUAUUUAUAGUAGCCGAUUACAUAAUACUUAUUUCUGAAAUACUAUUUUUAGUAGCAAGAACAUACUAGACGCUAAUGAUGACAUAUCCUUAAAAUAACUCGAUAGAAUGUUCCGGAAUAUGGAGAAGUUUCUAACUCAGCUCAUGCAAUAGCGUUGUGGGAAAUCAUUGUUCUAUUAAUUUCUAAAGACUUCGUUACAUUUAACAAAUAAUCUCCUUCUUGAUAUUUCAUCUCAUCACUUACCUGCUUGAUAUUGUAUCGAAAUUGUAAGGAGAAAUUCUGUCUUGGUCACCAAUGGGAGUUGAAGGGCUAAGGCUAUGACGCAUAUUUGCAUGCGCAGGUGGUCAUUUGGUAUAGUUCUAUGGGAAAUCGCCACUUAUGGUAAGUGUGAUGUGUUACUAUGUGCGACUUAAAAGGACAUCCUAAGAACUACAAAUCAUGUUCUCGUCAUAAGGCUCCAAUCCAUAAAGCAACCCAAAGUUAGCAAGGCUCUUCUGUAAAGCUAACUAUAUCAUACACAAAUAUCUUCAUUUUGAAAAUGAUUAUUGCCAGUCAAACGAAACUGAACAAGAUGAGAAGGACGCUUCCAGGUAUAGGUUGUGCUUAUGUCAAACAUAUUAUACUUGCUAUAUCUUAUUUGUCACAGUGCUGCACUUAAUUUUAUUGAUCUAAAUGAGCCACAUUAAGUCUUAGCAAGUUUCUAUUUAUUUACAAAGUUAUCGCUGAAAUACUUAUUGUCUUAAAUGAUAUUCUUUAAAAAAUGAAAUCGGUAAAUCAUAUCUUCUUUCCGCCAAACAGGUGAGUUGCCAUACCCUGACAUCACAUCACCAAUUGCCUUAGUAACUCGACUUGCUUCGGGAUACCGAAUGCCUCGUCCCGAUCGAUGUUCAGAAGAACUGUAAGCUUUGAAGUCUUAAAUAAUGCUAGUUAAAUUAAAUUGAGUCAUUUAAUUUGAAAAAGGCCUUAAAAAUACUUGAAAAGCGUUUUACUCUUCCAGCAAAGUCUCGCAAAAUCCGUUGACACCCACUUUUUCUCGUUGAAAAUCAAAACGAUGCAUUGAAUCAGUCGUGAUGAUUUAAAAACAAUUUGUACAUCGAAAUAAAUGUCACAUUCGGCCAAUUAGUGAUCUUUUCGAUGAUUAUUGUCAUGAGUUCAAAAUCACCUCUUUGACGCCUGGUAUGGUCCAUUCAGAUGCUGUGAGUAUCAGCUGCAAGACAAUUUUGGCUAAUACUGUAUUGAAUUUUUUAGAUAUGAACUCAUGAGUUCUUGUUGGAAAGAAAAUCCUUUGAUGAGACCAGCCUUUUCGCGGAUCGCUCAACAGCUGAAGAAUUUUUUGCGAGAAGUGAAGGUAAUAAAUGGUCGUAUGUAG